AUGCAGGGGCAUCGACGGCUGGUCGAGUUGGAGCAGGUCACCAAAGCUCCGAAGAUGCAGUGGGUCGAACAUCCGCAUUCCCAGGCGGCAGCUGGAGAGUGGACUGGGCUCUUACGUGAUGAUCUGGAGUGGACUCGCCAACACCAUCCCGCUGACAGAAGAAGACUUGAUGAGAAAACAAAUCAGCUCGAGACAAUUGCCGUGCCUCCAGCAUCAGAGGGCGCGACUGCUGCAGAAUCCCUAUCUCAGCAGUUAGAGAUAGAUGCUAGACCACCAGCAGACUCAGUGGUAUCUCUUGCAGAAUGGGCUCAUGAUCCCUAUAAUGAAAACAUUGAUAGAGAUGAUGAUGAGCCACCAGCAGAAUCAGUGGUAUCUCUUGCAGAACGGGCUGAUGAUCCCUGUAAUGAAAACUUUGAUAGAGAUGAUGAUGAUUCACCAGCAGAAUCAGUGGUAUCUCUUGCAGAACGGGCUGAUGAUCCCUGUAAUGAAAACUUUGAUAGAGAUGAUGAUGAGCCACCAGCAGAAUCAGUGGUAUCUCUUGCAGAACGGGCUGAUGAUCCCUGUAAUGAAAACUUUGAUAGAGAUGAUGAUGAGCCACCAGCAGAAUCAGUGGUAUCUCUUGCAGAACGGGCUGAUGAUCCCUGUAAUGAAAACUUUGAUAGAGAUGAUGAUGAGCCACCAGCAGAAUCAGUGGUAUCUCUUGCAGAAUGGGCUGAUGGUCCCUGUAAUGAAAACUUUGAUAGAGAUGAUGAUGAGCCACCAGCAGAAUCAGUGGUAUCUCUUGCAGAAUGGGCUGCUGGUCCCUGUACUGAAAACUUUGAUAGAGAUGAUGAUGAGCCACCAGCAGAAUCAGUGGUAUCUCUUGCAGAACGGGCUGAUGAUCCCUGUAAUGAAAACUUUGAUAGAGAUGAUGAUGAGCCACCAGCAGAAUCAGUGGUAUCUCUUGCAGAACAGGCUGAUGGUCCCUGUAAUGAAAACUUUGAUAGAGAUGAUGAUGAGCCACCAGCAGAAUCAGUGGUAUCUCUUGCAGAACGGGCUGAUGAUCCCUGUAAUGAAAACUUUGAUAGAGAUGAUGAUGAGCCACCAGCAGAAUCAGUGGUAUCUCUUGCAGAAUGGGCUGAUGAUAUCUGUAAUGAAAACUUUGAUAGAGAUGAUGAUGAGCCACCAGCAGAAUCAGUGGUAUCUCUUGCAGAAUGGGCUGAUGAUAUCUGUAAUGAAAACUUUGAUAGAGAUGAUGAUGAGCCACCAGCAGAAUCAGUGGUAUCUCUUGCAGAACGGGCUGAUGAUAUCUGUAAUGAAAACUUUGAUAGAGAUGAUGAUGAGCCACCAGCAGAAUCAGUGGUAUCUCUUGCAGAACGGGCUGAUGAUCCCUGUAAUGAAAACUUUGAUAGAGAUGAUGAUGAGCCACCAGCAGAAUCAGUGGUAUCUCUUGCAGAAUGGGCUGAUGGUCCCUGUAAUGAAAACUUUGAUAGAGAUGAUGAUGAGCCACCAGCAGAAUCAGUGGUAUCUCUUGCAGAAUGGGCUGCUGGUCCCUGUACUGAAAACUUUGAUAGAGAUGAUGAUGAGCCACCAGCAGAAUCAGUGGUAUCUCUUGCAGAACGGGCUGAUGAUCCCUGUAAUGAAAACUUUGAUAGAGAUGAUGAUGAGCCACCAGCAGAAUCAGUGGUAUCUCUUGCAGAACGGGCUGAUGAUCCCUGUAAUGAAAACUUUGAUAGAGAUGAUGAUGAGCCACCAGCAGAAUCAGUGGUAUCUCUUGCAGAACGGGCUGAUGAUCCCUGUAAUGAAAACUUUGAUAGAGAUGAUGAUGAGCCACCAGCAGAAUCAGUGGUAUCUCUUGCAGAACGGGCUGAUGAUCCCUGUAAUGAAAACUUUGAUAGAGAUGAUGAUGAGCCACCAGCAGAAUCAGUGGUAUCUCUUGCAGAACGGGCUGAUGAUCCCUGUAAUGAAAACUUUGAUAGAAAUGAUGAUGAGCCACCAGCAGAAUCAGUGGUAUCUCUUGCAGAACGGGCUGAUGAUAUCUGUAAUGAAAACUUUGAUAGAGAUGAUGAUGAGCCACCAGCAGAAUCAGUGGUAUCUCUUGCAGAACGGGCUGAUGAUAUCUGUAAUGAAAACUUUGAUAGAGAUGAUGAUGAGCCACCAGCAGAAUCAGUGGUAUCUCUUGCAGAACGGGCUGAUGAUAUCUGUAAUGAAAACUUUGAUAGAGAUGAUGAUGAGCCACCAGCAGAAUCAGUGGUAUCUCUUGCAGAACGGGCUGAUGAUCCCUGUAAUGAAAACUUUGAUAGAGAUGAUGAUGAGCCACCAGCAGAAUCAGUGGUAUCUCUUGCAGAACAGGCUGAUGAUCCCUGUAAUGAAAACUUUGAUAGAGAUGAUGAUGAGCCACCAGCAGAAUCAGUGGUAUCUCUUGCAGAACGGGCUGAUGAUCCCUGUAAUGAAAACUUUGAUAGAGAUGAUGAUGAGCCACCAGCAGAAUCAGUGGUAUCUCUUGCAGAACGGGCUGAUGAUCCCUGUAAUGAAAACUUUGAUAGAGAUGAUGAUGAGCCACCAGCAGAAUCAGUGGUAUCUCUUGCAGAACGGGCUGAUGAUAUCUGUAAUGAAAACUUUGAUAGAGAUGAUGAUGAGCCACCAGCAGAAUCAGUGGUAUCUCUUGCAGAACGGGCUGAUGAUCCCUGUAAUGAAAACUUUGAUAGAGAUGAUGAUGAGCCACCAGCAGAAUCAGUGGUAUCUCUUGCAGAAUGGGCUGAUGAUCCCUGUAAUGAAAACUUUGAUAGAGAUGAUGAUGAGCCACCAGCAGAAUCAGUGGUAUCUCUUGCAGAACAGGCUGAUGAUCCCUGUAAUGAAAACUUUGAUAGAGAUGAUGAUGAGCCACCAGCAGAAUCAGUGGUAUCUCUUGCAGAACGGGCUGAUGAUCCCUGUAAUGAAAACUUUGAUAGAGAUGAUGAUGAGCCACCAGCAGAAUCAGUGGUAUCUCUUGCAGAACGGGCUGAUGAUCCCUGUAAUGAAAACUUUGAUAGAGAUGAUGAUGAGCCACCAGCAGAAUCAGUGGUAUCUCUUGCAGAACGGGCUGAUGAUAUCUGUAAUGAAAACUUUGAUAGAGAUGAUGAUGAGCCACCAGCAGAAUCAGUGGUAUCUCUUGCAGAACGGGCUGAUGAUAUCUGUAAUGAAAACUUUGAUAGAGAUGAUGAUGAGCCACCAGCAGAAUCAGUGGUAUCUCUUGCAGAACAGGCUGAUGAUCCCUGUAAUGAAAACUUUGAUAGAGAUGAUGAUGAGCCACCAGCAGAAUCAGUGGUAUCUCUUGCAGAACGGGCUGAUGAUCCCUGUAAUGAAAACUUUGAUAGAGAUGAUGAUGAGCCACCAGCAGAAUCAGUGGUAUCUCUUGCAGAACGGGCUGAUGAUAUCUGUAAUGAAAACUUUGAUAGAGAUGAUGAUGAGCCACCAGCAGAAUCAGUGGUAUCUCUUGCAGAACGGGCUGAUGAUAUCUGUAAUGAAAACUUUGAUAGAGAUGAUGAUGAGCCACCAGCAGAAUCAGUGGUAUCUCUUGCAGAACGGGCUGAUGAUCCCUGUAAUGAAAACUUUGAUAGAGAUGAUGAUGAGCCACCAGCAGAAUCAGUGGUAUCUCUUGCAGAACGGGCUGAUGAUCCCUCUUGUGGAACAGGCUCUUCUCUGCUGCAGAUGGGUUGGAGGAGAUACUGGGCGGCGUGCUGUCCUUGUUUCGGCCGGAGGAAGACGAUGCAGGGGCAUCGACGGCUGGUCGAGUUGGAGCAGGUCACCAAAGCUCCGAAGAUGCAGUGGGUCGAACAUCCGCAUUCCCAGGCGGCAGCUGGAGAGUGGACUGGGCUCUUACGUGAUGAUCUGGAGUGGACUCGCCAACACCAUCCCGCUGACAGAAGAAGACUUGAUGAGAAAACAAAUCAGCUCGAGACAAUUGCCGUGCCUCCAGCAUCAGAGGGCGCGACUGCUGCAGAAUCCCUAUCUCAGCAGUUAGAGAUAGAUGCUAGACCACCAGCAGACUCAGUGGUAUCUCUUGCAGAAUGGGCUGAUGAUCCAUAUAAUGAAAACAUUGAUAGAGAUGAUGAUGAGCCACCAGCAGAAUCAGUGGUAUCUCUUGCAGGACGGGCUGAUGAUCCCUGUAAUGAAAACUUUGAUAGAGAUGAUGAUGAUUCACCAGCAGAAUCAGUGGUAUCUCUUGCAGAACGGGCUGAUGAUCCCUGUAAUGAAAACUUUGAUAGAGAUGAUGAUGAGCCACCAGCAGAAUCAGUGGUAUCUCUUGCAGAACGGGCUGAUGAUCCCUGUAAUGAAAACUUUGAUAGAGAUGAUGAUGAGCCACCAGCAGAAUCAGUGGUAUCUCUUGCAGAACGGGCUGAUGAUCCCUGUAAUGAAAACUUUGAUAGAGAUGAUGAUGAGCCACCAGCAGAAUCAGUGGUAUCUCUUGCAGAACGGGCUGAUGAUCCCUGUAAUGAAAACUUUGAUAGAGAUGAUGAUGAGCCACCAGCAGAAUCAGUGGUAUCUCUUGCAGAAUGGGCUGAUGGUCCCUGUAAUGAAAACUUUGAUAGAGAUGAUGAUGAGCCACCAGCAGAAUCAGUGGUAUCUCUUGCAGAAUGGGCUGCUGGUCCCUGUACUGAAAACUUUGAUAGAGAUGAUGAUGAGCCACCAGCAGAAUCAGUGGUAUCUCUUGCAGAACGGGCUGAUGAUCCCUGUAAUGAAAACUUUGAUAGAGAUGAUGAUGAGCCACCAGCAGAAUCAGUGGUAUCUCUUGCAGAACGGGCUGAUGGUCCCUGUAAUGAAAACUUUGAUAGAGAUGAUGAUGAGCCACCAGCAGAAUCAGUGGUAUCUCUUGCAGAACGGGCUGAUGAUCCCUGUAAUGAAAACUUUGAUAGAGAUGAUGAUGAGCCACCAGCAGAAUCAGUGGUAUCUCUUGCAGAACGGGCUGAUGAUAUCUGUAAUGAAAACUUUGAUAGAGAUGAUGAUGAGCCACCAGCAGAAUCAGUGGUAUCUCUUGCAGAAUGGGCUGAUGAUAUCUGUAAUGAAAACUUUGAUAGAGAUGAUGAUGAGCCACCAGCAGAAUCAGUGGUAUCUCUUGCAGAACGGGCUGAUGAUAUCUGUAAUGAAAACUUUGAUAGAGAUGAUGAUGAGCCACCAGCAGAAUUAGUGGUAUUUCUUGCAGAACGGGCUGAUGAUCCCUGUAAUGAAAACUUUGAUAGAGAUGAUGAUGAGCCACCAGCAGAAUCAGUGGUAUCUCUUGCAGAACGGGCUGAUGGUCCCUGUAAUGAAAACUUUGAUAGAGAUGAUGAUGAGCCACCAGCAGAAUCAGUGGUAUCUCUUGCAGAACGGGCUGAUGAUAUCUGUAAUGAAAACUUUGAUAGAGAUGAUGAUGAGCCACCAGCAGAAUCAGUGGUAUCUCUUGCAGAACGGGCUGAUGAUCCCUGUAAUGAAAACUUUGAUAGAGAUGAUGAUGAGCCACCAGCAGAAUCAGUGGUAUCUCUUGCAGAACGGGCUGAUGAUCCCUGUAAUGAAAACUUUGAUAGAGAUGAUGAUGAGCCACCAGCAGAAUCAGUGGUAUCUCUUGCAGAACGGGCUGAUGAUCCCUGUAAUGAAAACUUUGAUAGAGAUGAUGAUGAGCCACCAGCAGAAUCAGUGGUAUCUCUUGCAGAACGGGCUGAUGAUCCCUGUAAUGAAAACUUUGAUAGAGAUGAUGAUGAGCCACCAGCAGAAUCAGUGGUAUCUCUUGCAGAACGGGCUGAUGAUCCCUGUAAUGAAAACUUUGAUAGAAAUGAUGAUGAGCCACCAGCAGAAUCAGUGGUAUCUCUUGCAGAACGGGCUGAUGAUCCCUGUAAUGAAAACUUUGAUAGAGAUGAUGAUGAGCCACCAGCAGAAUCAGUGGUAUCUCUUGCAGAACGGGCUGAUGAUCCCUGUAAUGAAAACUUUGAUAGAGAUGAUGAUGAGCCACCAGCAGAAUCAGUGGUAUCUCUUGCAGAACGGGCUGAUGAUCCCUGUAAUGAAAACUUUGAUAGAGAUGAUGAUGAGCCACCAGCAGAAUCAGUGGUAUCUCUUGCAGAAUGGGCUGAUGAUAUCUGUAAUGAAAACUUUGAUAGAGAUGAUGAUGAGCCACCAGCAGAAUCAGUGGUAUCUCUUGCAGAACAGGCUGAUGAUCCCUGUAAUGAAAACUUUGAUAGAAAUGAUGAUGAGCCACCAGCAGAAUCAGUGGUAUCUCUUGCAGAAUGGGCUGAUGAUAUCUGUAAUGAAAACUUUGAUAGAGAUGAUGAUGAGCCACCAGCAGAAUCAGUGGUAUCUCUUGCAGAACAGGCUGAUGAUCCCUGUAAUGAAAACUUUGAUAGAAAUGAUGAUGAGCCACCAGCAGAAUCAGUGGUAUCUCUUGCAGAACGGGCUGAUGAUCCCUGUAAUGAAAACUUUGAUAGAGAUGAUGAUGAGCCACCAGCAGAAUCAGUGGUAUCUCUUGCAGAACGGGCUGAUGAUCCCUUGGCGCCCGCGACGGCCGACAGUGGAAUGCGAGCCGGCGAGCGGCAGCACCAGCACCUGGCAGCAGACGGAGGCCUGCGCAUGCGCACGGGCCGCUGCGGCGCAGCCCGCCUGCGUCACUGGCAGCGUGACGGCCGUAAUUACGGCACGUGCGAAGCGCCGUCCCGCCACUGCGGCCCCUGUCCUCUGCCUCUGCCCUGGACACAGUGCUACUAG